AGAAUUAGUUGACAGGUCCCUAGGUCAGUACGGUGUACGAACCGUCAAUAUCGCCCACAGGAGAACUGUUCGUUACUAGCCCCAAAAGUUCAAAGUAGGGCUCAGAACACUCUAACGCAUCAUCACAACCUCGGCGAGGGAUCCACGCUGAGCAUUGGCCGGUUUUUAUACCUUUCCAUUCCCCUUGAAGUAAAACUGAUCGGAAAAUAAAUCUUGACGGAACCGUCACUUACACGGGAGUGGCUUUUAACUAGCUGUGCUGCCUUUUCGUUAGCCCCCUCUUCUACGAAGCUUCCUAACCGUUAGGUUUGAGGGAAAGGGACGUCGAGAGGGACAUGACCUAUACCGACGACUAUGGUCCAUUGGACCCUAUCAGCGAUACGCUGUCGCCUCUGGCAGCAAGUCAUCGUAAUGGUCUCAUAGCUGUUGCUGUUUGUGGCAUGAUAUCGUUCGUCACGACAUCCACAUUAUUCUUAUAUUUGACGUACAAGUUGAUUACCUGGCACGUACGGACCCCGAAGGCAGAGGAUGACGGACACCAAACCCCGGCGAAUGACCUGUCAUUAGGCCUAGCUCAAAGGAAUUUCGGAUUAACCAAGAAGACAAUCUUGCAAGAGCAAGAAGGAAAUGCACCGAGAAAACAGAGACAUGGACGAGGGCCACCUAACCAAUUUCUUGUCCUUGUAUACAAUUUGUUUUUUGCCGAUAUGCACCAAUCGACGGCUUUCAUGCUGAAUAUACCGUGGAUACAAAGGAAUGAAAUUACUGUUAGUAAUCCGACAUGCUGGGCUCAAGGUUGGUUCGUGUCUACUGGAGAUCUAUCAGCAAGUUGUUUCAUCUGUGCCAUCGCCAUUCACACGUACCUCACUGUGGUGAAGGGUUAUAAGCCCCCUCACUGGGCGCUGUAUCUCGCGAUUACCGGGCUUUGGGUGUUCAUCUACGUUAUGGCUAUCGUCGGAGUAGCCGCAACCAACAAUGGAAGAGGAGCGGGUGGAUUUUAUGUUAGGGCAGCAGCCUGGUGCUGGGUAAAUGUUAGGUUCGAAAAUCUCCGUCUCUGGCUUCACUAUUUCUGGAUCUUCCUCUCGUUCCUGGUAACCAGUGUGUUAUAUCUCCUCAUCUUCAUGUUUCUCCAAAAGCAGAAGACUUUCUCCCAACCACUUUCGCACAGCCGGUCGUCGGCGUCGGCACGACCGGACGCAAACGGCAAAUCCGGUCGAAAUACCUCUGGCCAUCACCCGGCGUUCCUUAUCUACCCCGUCAUAUACAUACUAUGCACGGCACCAUUGGCUUUGGGGCGUGUGGUGACCAUGUCGGGACGAGACGUCAGUAUAGCAUAUUUCUGUUUGGCUGGUGCGAUGAUUGCUUCCAAUGGUUGGUUGGAUGUGCUCUUAUUUUCCACGACAAGGCAUUCCAUUAUCUUCAACGCGUCUCCCGACUCCGAGAACACAGGCCUGGAGACAUUCGCGUUUAUGAGGACACCACAUUGGAGACAAUACGGAAACAUGGUUUGGGUACAGGGUGGAGCACAGACUAGCAAUGGCGAAGAUGAAGGCCGAACUAGGGAGAGGAGGAGAGCUGCAGGGGGAUUAGACAGGAUUGGUCAACUGAUAGGAUGGGGUGGAAGAGAUGGCCGCUCUAUUACCGGUCGCUGGAUGGGAGGCCAGGGAAGUGGUAGCCAGGAAUCCUUGAGGGGUACAACGGCGGCGGCGGAGACGGGAAUCCAGAUGGAUACAGUCACGACAGUAGUGGUCGAGAUUGAACAGGGCAAUGCUAAAACGAGGUCGCGGGAGCCGUCUGCCCACUCGAUUGAUAGUUCGGAGAAGGUCCUCGCCCAUAGAGCGGGGAGUUUACGGUUAUGAAUGAAGCUGCAAUUGCUUCUGUACGAUGCUGGAUAGAGAAAAAAAAGGAAAUGAAGGAAAUAGUUAGAGUAUCUCAACUAAAACUAAGAUAAAGUGAAAUUAGGUAUACAAUACCGUCGUAGAUACCCAGUUACCCACAUUUUAGGUGUAUAUAGAGCGGACAACCUGGAUACCUAUAUGUGCCUGGGCUGGAAUUUGAUUGAAUUGUAAGGCAGAUUUGAAUGCUUUUAGGGGGAGAAUGGGGUAAACAAUAAGAGUGAUAAUUUUGCCAGCUGUCAAAGAGGUGGC